AUGCCUUGGAUUACAAUUUUCAUUUUCGGAGUAACAGUUCUACAAAAUUGGCAUAACGUUCAACCAAAAUUUUUGCCAGAACAUACCCCAAAAUCAUCCGGAUUGUUCAACAAUAACUUGCCGUCCAACACCGAGAGCCCAAACUAUAUUGUUUAUUUAACCGACAGCACUGAAGGCAACGUCAUAGAUCUGCUGUUAAUCAGUGGUAAUGGCUAUGGUGACGAGGCUGUUAUGGGUGCCAACAGGCACAAUGGCAAUAAAGAUGACGAACAACAUUCGGUGUGGGAGCGCUUGAUGGGCGGGGAUACCGACGAAGUGGGCGUUAAUGCGGCAAAAGAAAAUGAAUAUUUGCAGAGCAAUGCCACAAAGGGUAACAAAGAAAAAAACAACAAAAGCAACUGCUCUACUAAAGCCACAACAUCAAUAAACAAUAAAAAGCAAGCAGCAAACGUUUUGAGUGACAAAGCAAAUAUGAAGGCGACGACCAAAAGGAAUACCGGCACAUUGGCAGAGCUGUCAAUGCGGGUCAACAGAAAUGAUUUCGUCAAAGUGGGCGACCAAAGUGAAACGAGCAAAAAUCACAAGGAAACAGCAACAACAUCAACGGUAACAACAACUAUCAAAACAAUGCCACCAACUUCAACAAGUAGCAAGCGAAAUAUCAUUACAGCCAACAAUGGUGGUGUAACUGCAACGAAUGUGAGCACGAGCACCGCAUCACCACAGGCGGCCAGCACGAAGCUCUACCAUUCAAAUGGGUUCCUCAAUCCAUUCGGACAAUUAGUCGCCUUCUUUGGCAGCGACCAAUUGCAUCUGCAGGACUACACUUUCUUCUUCAACGCCGAACGACACACCGUAUUCCAGCUACACACCAACAACUACCACAAUAUUAACGAAAGAUCUGACAGCCAGCCUGUCGGGCGCGUACCAGCUUUGACCGAAACGGUAGCUGCUGGUAGUGAGCGAGUAUUGAAUGUGGUCACCAAUACGAUUGGCGCAGUGUUUGGCGCAAAUCCAUUUCCCACAACGGCAGGCGCAACGGCAAAUUCGGCGUCAGCAACAGCAACUGGAGCAACAGUGUCCGCCCACGCCGCGCCCACCAUGAAAGUGGAGGAAGUGCAGCUGUACAAUGGCAAAUCCUUGCGGCAGUCACGUUUCAAUCCUUUCAAUCCAACACGCAUACUCAUUCACGGCUGGUUUGGUGGCGCAAAGGCCGCUAUUUAUCAGACGCUCGUGCCAGCUUAUCUCCGACAAGGUGCCGGCAAUUAUAAUGUCUUCACUGUGGAUUGGGGACGUGGUGCAGUUGCGGACUAUCUCACCGCCAGCUAUCGUGUAAAACCGGUCGGCAAGGUGUUGGCGAAGUUCAUCGAUUUUCUACAACGUGAAGCGGGUGUACGCUUCGAGGAUCUACAUGUGAUCGGCUUUAGCAUGGGUGCACACAUCGCUGGCAUCGCUGGGAAGCAUGUACAAACUGGAAGACUGCCAGUGAUUUAUGCACUGGAUCCGGCGCUGCCAUUCUUUCGCUACGACAACUUCGAUGAACGCGUUGCGAUCACCGACGCCGAUUAUGUGGAGGUCGUACACACAAGUGUUGGUUCGUAUGGCUACGAUCGACCGUUGGGCCAUGUCGACUUUUAUGUGAACUAUGGCAGCGCACAGCCGGGCUGCUUUCUCAAUGAAUGCAGUCACUUUCGUGCUUUUCACGUAUUCGCUGAGUCACUGCAGUCCAAGGCGGCACUGCGUGCGCAGGGUUGUGAUGUCAAACUAUGGCAGGAUAUGAUACAGCAUAGAAGGUGCCUCAUGGGCACGGGCAGGCAAAUGGCGUUGGGCGGCGAUCCAGCAAAUGUGACGGCAUUACGGGGCCGCGGGGGCGUAUUUUACUUAGCGACUAAUGCGGCACCGCCGUAUGCCAAGGAUGUGACGUGA